AUGGCACUGAAAGGAUGUUACUCGUGCAUCAAGUACCUCUUGUUUGCCUUCAACUUCAUAUUUUGGUUAAUAGGAAUUGCACUGCUCUCCGUUGGAAUCUGGAUAAAGGUGAACUCGAAGUCACUGGACGAUGCAGUCAGAGAACUGAAGAGUAGCAAUGAUUACAUCUACAUCAUCCUCAUCGUCAUCAGCAUCCUCAUAAUCACCAUUGGGUUCCUUGGGUGUUGUGGUGCUUGCAGGGAGAGUCAGUGUCUUCUUGGGCUGUUCUUCAUCUGCCUGCUAAUCAUAUUCUCGGUCAUCAUCGGCGUUGGUGUUUUCGCGUUUACCUCCGAAGGAAAAGUGGGUUAA